AUAGAAAUUUUAUAGAAAUAAAAUUGAAUUACAAUGGAAUGAAAAAUUAUAUACGAUUAAUAGGUGAAAAACCACAUGGUUGUACUGUGUGUGGAAAAAUGUUCAGUACAAGUAGCUCGUUGAAUACACAUGUCAGAAUACAUACUGGAGAACGGCCACACGAAUGUCUCACUUGCGGGAAACGUUUCACGGCUUCAUCGAAUUUAUAUUAUCAUCGAAUGACUCAUUAUAAGGAGAAACCUCAUAAAUGCAACGAAUGCGGUCAUUCUUUUCCAACCCCUGGUGAUUUAAGGGCCCAUGGGUAUUCUCAUAAUGGUAACUGGCCUAUUCGAUGUUCGGUUUGUAAUCGGGGAUUUUGCAAACCUGGAGCUCUACAUCAUCAUAUGCAAGUGCACAUAGGUAAUUAAUAUUAAUUAAAUAUUAAUGACAAGUGCUUAUAAUUUUUCACGGAUUUUUAUCACUUUACAAAUUAAAAAAAGAUUAAUAACUAAUCAAUAAAAUAAAUAAAUAAAAAGAUAGAUAUAUCUAUUUUUAGAAACAUGCGAAAAUUUGAAAAUGUCAAGUUGGAUCGAAAAUUCGAUUCGAGAUUGGAUCUCGAAUUCUCGAAACUACUUUGUGAUCGUAAGAUUGUCAGGAUUCCCAAGAAUUUCGAAUUUCUUAGAUAUUAUGAAAUUUUUGAAAAUUUUUGGACUAUUCUUUUAAUUUGAAGUAUUCUAAAAAUAUUAUUUAAUUCCUUAAAAUUUUAGGAACUUGAUAUUUUUAAAAAUUCUUGAAAUUCUUAGAUUUUCAGAUAUUUUCGGGAUAUGAGCCGAGCUGAAUCGAACCAAUCCGAUCCAAUUUCUUCUUGAUCCGUUCGAGCAUCGAAUAUAAGAAAUAUAAACAACUAUUUUAUUGAUUUUUUAAAUUAGAAAAUUAGAAUAAAUUAUUAUCUUAUAAAAAAAAAGAAAAAUUAAAGAGGAAUUAUUAAUUAUUUUUUUCAGGAAAUCGAUCGUAUCAUUGUAAUAUAUGUAAAAAACAAUUUUCUAUGAUGAAUAAUUUACGAUCACAUGAACGAUCUCACGAUUUCAAUGUGCUAAAUCGAAAUAUCAUUAAUUGUUUAAAUGAAGAAAAUAAUAAAACAACGAUAACUGCACUUACUUUCGAAGAACUAACUAAAAGUCAAUUUCCCGCAAUUUAUUCUUGGACUUCAUGGGUACCAUUCCAUUAUUGAAAAUAUAAUAACUGAAAUAAUUGAUUUGUUUUUUAAAAGCUUUUUAAAGCAAUAAAUGUUGAAAAUGAAUCAUUUCAAGCGAAAGAUAAGAUAAGAUAUAUACAAGUAAAUUUUAUUUAUUGUAUAAAUUGUACUAAUAAAUAUAAUAAAAUUAUAAUGUCGCGUUUAAAACUGUAUCAUUAUCGUUAAUUAAUUAUUAUAUUAUUAAUUUUAAUUCUCCU